AUGUUUGAAGAAAAGCUGGUACUGUGUGUAGCCUCGGCUUGUUCUACUCUUGCUGUCGUCAUUUGGCUAAUAAUCGUUCCAUCGCUCUAUAAAACUAUUAACGAGAUUCACGAUGAGGUAGUCGAUAGUGUUACUGUGUUUCGUGCUGAGACCGAUUCUGCCUGGAACGAGGUGAUAAACGUCCAAAUUGCUGUUGGUCCACCGCCGAAACCACGCGAAAAUCCUUUCAAUUCAAUUUUUCGACCCAAAAGGCAAACUGGUCUACCACCAUGGUGUUAUUGUGAAGCACCCAAAGCAACUUGCCCUCCUGGACCUCCUGGACCACCUGGACCACCUGGAGAACCUGGAAGGCCCGGACCCCCCGGUCCACCUGGUGAAGAUAACAUGGUCACUUAUGCACCGAUUACUUGCCCACCUGUUGAUACUGCUUGCAUUAAAUGUCCACCUGGACCCCCUGGACCCCCAGGAGAAGAUGGGCCAGUUGGAGAACGUGGUCCAGAUGGACGUCCAGGAGACCAUGGACCGCCAGGUAAAAAUGGAGAACAAGGUCCAGCUGGUCCACCAGGAGAGCCAGGACACUCAGGAGAACCAGGACCUGAUGGACAUCCUGGAGAACCCGGCAGAGAAGGGCAACGAGGCAAAGGAGAACCCGGUCCACCUGGACCACCUGGACCAAUGGGAACCAUUGGUGAAGGUGGCCCUGACGGUUUACCUGGACAAGCUGGCAAUCCCGGAGAACAAGGACCACCUGGACAAGAUGGAAUGCCGGGAGAGCCAGGAAAUGAUGGACUACCUGGAAUGCCUGGAAAAAUUGGUGACCCAGGACACGACGCUCACUACUGCCCAUGCCCACCUCGUACAUUGGCCUAUCUAUACAGGGAAUAA